AUGCCACUCCUUCUGUACAAAGCCGGCAACGGUGCAGGGGAUCUGAGCUACCCACGGCAGCAGGGUGCGAUCGGAACGAGAUGUGACGAUGAACAAGGCGACGACUGCGGUGAUGGUGACAACGAGGUAAAGGGCGCCACCAACAACGGCGAUGGUGCCCUGAACAACUCGGUAACCGACAAAACGGCCGACUGGCGAACUUGGACCCUCAUGGACGGUCCAGGACGGGCUUGGACUGCAACUGGGCUGUCCUGGAAAGGCACUGUUGCCAAUAAGACAAGUGUGGCUUGGACCGCACUGGCGUAG